AUGGAGAUCUUCCGCUUAGUAAACUACCCGAAGACGAUGUACCCCUGCAGAAACUGCAACAAAGUCUACAGCUACCACUCGAGUCUCGCGCGGCACCUUAAACACGAGUGUGGGGUCGAUCCAAAAUUCCACUGCCCGCUCUGUUCCUACAGGACCAAGCACAGGUCCAGCUUGAACACGCAUCUCAAUAAUAGACACAUCAAACCCGCGGAUCGGGACUUUACCAAGCCUAGUCGGACUUCCAACGAUGGAGAAUAA